AUGUCCCAACCCGCACAAAAUGCAGUCGACAUUUCGACCCUGUCGGUACAGCAGCUCUCGGCCCUGCAGGCCCGGCUGACGCAGGAACUCGAGCACCUGAGCACAUCGUACCAGCGGCUCCGGGCCGCGCAGCUACGCUUCAGAGAUUGCAUUCGGAGCAUCCAGCAAGGAAUACAGGGGAAGAGUGGAGAAACACCGCUCCUGAUUCCCCUGACGACGUCCCUCUACGUUCCCGGCACGCUCGCGACGCCCGCGGACUCAUCCUCGUCGUCGACCGUCCUCGUCGACGUCGGCACAGGCUUCUUCGUGGAAAAGACGCCGGAAGACGGCAUCAAGUUCUACACGGGCAAGGUGGACGAGCUGGCGAAAAAUCUGCUGGAAAUCGAAAAGGCCGUGGGCGGGAAGAAUGAUAACCUGAGGAUUGUUGAAGAUGUCCUGCGGCAGAAGAUGCUUGCGGAACAACAGGCCGGAGGGUCGGCUUCGAAACAGCAACGGGCACAGGCGAGUGUGGGAUAA